AGUAACUGUCCCUUGAGGGCUAACAUGCCUCCUUCUUGGGAUUGGCCGUCAACUUCUGAAGCGAAUAGAUGCUGCCUUCAGUAACGUCCCCAAAUCUCUCCUGCCCUGCAGUGCCUUGCAGGACGAGAAUCGAGACCUCAACCGCUUUUCGUGAGGUGUAAGUCUACAGUACAAGACCCGACUAGCAUUGCCUAUGAUGCAUUUGUACUCCGAAUAAUCCGUAAAUGUCGGCCACUCAAAACCUUAUCGAUAAUGACUAACUUGAUUUCCGCUCCGAGGGUACCUGGCAGGCCCGUGCACAGAACGCCCUCCACGUACGUCGUAAGCUCAAUUGAAGCGCCAAGUGUUCAGUCCGCCGUGGAAUUUAGAGCCAGCUAAGCUACUUUGAAGCUUGACACGCAUUCAUUCCCUCUUCACACGCACACAACCCACGCCGUUCACGAUGCGCUUCCUUCACUCCUUCGUGCCGUCCCUUCUCCUGGCUGCUGGUGCAGCUCAGGCUGCUUCGUCCUGGGGAUUCGACGAGGGCACCAUCACCGUCGGUGCCAAGAAGUCGGAGGGUGCUGUCAAGGAGAAGUUCUCCGAGAAGGCCCUCCCUAAAGCUCCAGUCUCUCUGGGCGCCGCCGACACGCUUAAGAUUGUUCUCACAGCUACGGAGAAUGGCAAAGGAAAGCGCCCGCAUCAAGCCUUCCUCGUCCUGAAGGAGACCGAGACCGGUCUUGAGGCCCCCUUCCCUCUGACCACUAAGGACAACGGCAAGGCCAUCGUCGAUCUCAAACAAGCCGACAUCCCUGUUCAGCUCCUGACUUCGUCCAAACCCCUCGAGGCGUCUCUGAUCCUUGCGUCUUUCGGUUCUUCCGAGGGCUACAACAAGCCUGUGUUCCACGUCCAACUCAAGCUGGACCCCAACGCGACUCCCCCGACGUACGAGAAGCCUCUGCGAUAUGGCAAGCUCGAGGAGAUUCACCACAUCUUCCGCGCUGACCCCACGAACCCGCCCAAGGUUAUCUCGUUGGUGUUUGCGCUGGCCGUUAUUGCUACGCUGCCUGCCUUGUUCAUUGGCUGGCUGGCUCUCGGCGGCAACGUCGCACACCUACAAAAGGCGCUCUCGACUGCUCCUGUCGCACAUGCUGUUUUCUUCGGCUCCAUCGUCACCAUGGAACUCGUCUUCUACCUCUACUACAUCAGCUGGAACCUCUUCCAGGUCCUGCCCGUGAUUAGCGUUGUUGGCGCUGUCGCCUUCCUGAGCGGCACCAAGGCUCUUGGCGAGGUCCAGAGCAGACGUCUGGCUGGAGAGAGGUAAAUGGUGAUGAUGCAAGAGCUGAGCGCAGUCCGAUCUCUAAACUGCGUUGUACGCUGCAUUUACGAACGAUCUGGAUUUGAAUGCAUUGGGGAGCGGGUACACAAAAGCACCUUGGUGGAUCAAUAACAUGUAAAACUACAACCGUUGGGUCGGCAUCUUGAGGUAAUAUUCCACCGUUUGGUGCAUUGGCUGCAGGCACUCGCACCCAUCUUGUCCUCUCAGAGCAAGAGCAGCCAUAUAUCCGUGU